AUGGGGCAGCAGUGCACUGCUGGGUCCCAGGAGAUUUCAGAGCAGAGAGAGAUGAAGAAAAUUCUCUCAAUGAAGAUGUUGCUUCUGGUUCUGCUGGGAUCCAGUGUGACUGAGGGACGGUUUAUGAGUAAAUGUGAGCUGAAGGCCAAGCUGGAGGCUGCACGGUUUCAGGUCAUUAAGUUGUCUGCAAGGCCAAAGGCUCUGACUUCAACCUCAACUUCAUUUAAAACCAUCAGCGCCUCCCAUGAAGAGGACAAUUCCGGUGAAGAGGACAAUCCCGAUGACACCCCACCUCAGUCAUCCACCUCCACCUUAAGGCCUACAUCAAGUUUCACUUCCAGGGCCACAAGCUCCACCUCAAGCACCACCUCAAAGCCUACAUCAAGUCCCACCACAAGACCCACCACAAGCUCCACCACAAGACCAACCACAGAUUCCUCCACAAGACCCACCACAGGCUCCACCACAAGACAAACCACAGGCUCCACCACAAGACCAACCAGAGAUUCCACCACAAGACAAACCACAGGCUCCACCACAAGACCAACCAGAGAUUCCACCACAAGACAAACCACAGGCUCCACCACAAGACCAACAAUAGGCUCCACCACAAGACCAACAAUAGGCUCCACCACAAGACCAACCACAGGCUCCACCACAAGACCCACCACAGGCUCCACCACAAGACCCACCACAGGCUCCACCAAAGACUCCACCUCAAGCUCUACCACAAGCUCCACUUCAACCCCCACCACAGACUUCACCACAAGACCCACCGCAAGACCUGCCACAAGCCCCAACCAUAAGACUGACUCACUAGAGGCUCCACCUCAGGAUCUACCACAAGCACCACCACAGACUCCACCUCAAGCUCUACCACAGAGCUCCACUUCAACCAUCACCACAGACUCCACCACAAGCUCCACUACAACCCCUACCACAGACUCCACCACAAGCUCCACUUCAGCCCUCACCACAGACUCCACCACAAGCUCCACUUCAACCCCCACCACAGACUCCACCACAAGCUCCACUUCAACUCCUACCACAGACUCCACCACAAGCUCCACUGCAACCUCCACCACAAGACCCACCGCAAGACCUGCCACAAGCCCUACCAUAUGUCCCACUAGAGGUUCCACCUCAGGAUCUACCACAAGCUCCACUUCAACCCCCACCACAGACUCCACUUCAACCCCCACCACAGACUCCACCACAAGCCCCACUUCAACCCCCACCACAGCCCACUAG